AUGGCUCACCGGAGCCGUGAUGUGAUCGACGAACGCGACUACUUGGAUGUGCGUGUUCGCGAGCGCGAGCGUGAUGUUGACCGGGACCCUUUGUCCCGCUACUUCCAAGAGGAUCGGCGCAGCGAUUCCGGUGCUCUUGUUCUGCGCCAGCGUGAGGUUGAGACGGUCGAGCGGCCGCGGCAGCGUGCACGUUCGCCGAGCCCGGUCCGCUACCGCGAGGUGAUCCGGGAGCGGUCCCCGUCACCGCUGCCACCCCCGCGUGAGCGUGAAGUGGUCGAUCGUGUCGAGGUCCGGGAGCGUGUGUACGACCGAGAGCGGGAGCGGGACCGGUAUCGGGAGCCAUCUCGGGGACCGCAAGAGCGCAUUGUGACUCGUGUUAUAGAUCGUGAACGACAGCGGUCGCCGACCCCCUCCCCAGAGCGUGACCAUGAACGUAUCCGCAUCAUUGAGCGGUCUCGUGGCCCAUCUCCGAGCCCAUCGCCGCCCCCGCAAGAGCAAAGACAGUUGGUCCGCGGCCCGGUUGUGGAGCGAGAAGUGAUUACACACUAUACGGAUGUGGACCAUGGCGUCGUCUACGCACCCCGUGCUCCCCCGAGACCCGAACCACGCCGUGAGCGCGAGCGCGAGCGUGACACAGAGAUCGAUAUCUACUCCUCUCGCCAUCGGACCGAAGUCGACAUUCAAGACCGCGAACGGCGACGGUCGCGUUCCCGCUCACGUCUGCGGGCACCUCCGGCCCGCGCGUCUGAGAAAGAAGUGAUUGUGCGGUCGGACCGCCACCACUUAGAGGUCGACAUUGACGAGCGUCGUUCUCGCCGCUCUCGGUCAGCCCAACCACCGACGCGCACAGAACGCCGAUCUGACGCCGUGGCUGACGAGGCGAGGUAUAUUGAGAGGCGCAUCGAUGACCGGGGACGUAUGGGCGAGGCGUACAAUGGCGCCACCAAGGACUGGACCAUUAUCGAUGUGCCGCCGGGCACGGAGCAUGUUCGUAUGGACGGAGUCGGUGGUGCCUCCGCAGACGUUACCUGGCAGCGCUAUAACGGGGUGCGCCGAACGCGAUUCAUCCCGGAGCGUGAGGGCGAGGUUAUUGCGCCACCGCGGCGGAAGCGCCGGGAGGCGCCUCGCGAGCGUUCGAGUCGAGGUGAACAUAUAAAUAUCCAGGUCGUUGACCAAAAGCGCAGCCACAGCCGUGACCGAGAGAUCGAAGUGGAGACCGACCAACGCAUGGUUUUACUGCCGGCCACACAUAUGGAGCUGGUGCCAGCGGCUCGGAGCGACAUGUGGACGGAGAUCACCAAGGACCUUGUCUCCCGGGAGGCCCUCGACUACCUUGGAUACGACUACCAGGAGACGGAGUACUUCUACUACAUCCUCCAAUAUCUGCGCUACGAGGACGUCCAAGAGCUUGUACAGCUGUCGGACCGCAUUCGUCGCCAGCGCCACAAAGAGCAGUACUCUGAAGUUGACAUUGAUAUUGAUGUCAAGCACAAGCACAACCGUCGCAGCCACAGCCACCACCGGCCCCGUCGUGAGGAUGAGCGUUACUACGAACGCGAAGUGGUCGUCGAUCAUCUGCACCCCGGCUACUACCGGUGA